AUGCAUUUGAUGUACACUUUAGGCCCAGACGGCAAAAGAAUCUAUACAUUGAACAAGGUCACCGAAACUGGUGAAAUUACAAAAUCUGCUCACCCAGCUAGAUUUUCUCCAGACGACAAAUAUUCAAGACAAAGAGUAACUUUGAAGAAGAGGUUUGGUUUGGUGCCAGGCCAAUAA